AUUUUGCUGCGUCGAAGCUCAGUGCGCGUGAAGAAGAUACGCAUUCUCGAUCAUGGAGCCGGGCUUUAGCGAGUAUAGCGACGUCAUGGACGUAGCGUGGAAGCCUGAGCCGCCCUCGUCGUCGUCGUCGCUCUUUGACGAGCGGCUCAAAGAGCUCGUGAUCGAAGUCAACUUGGACACGAUCUUCAUGUGCGCCGUACAUGGAUGUCCCAAGAGCUGCAACGAUGACGGCUACUGUGAAGACCACGCGGGCAUGGCACCGACCUCCGUGGCCGCGACGAGCUCCGUUACAACCUUCUCCGCCUCGACGACAAUACUCUGUCAGCACAUCAAGUGCCGCCAUGCUGCCAAGGUGUUUCAAGAGUACGGUCACUUUUGUAGUCGGCACGCCGUGACGGUGCCUUGCGGCUUUCCGCGCUGUCGUGAGAAAGCCCCCGACGGGUCCUCCAUGUGUUGCAAGCACGCUGAUCAAGCGCAGUCGAUGCGGCGCGAGCUCGCCGCGCGGUCCCAAACGGCGCGUACGUGCCGAACCGACGGCUGCUACAAGGUGCGCCAAGGCCGCGGCUACUGCACAGCGCAUGAGAAGCUGCUCAUCGCGACGGGCCAGCUCGCUAUCAAGAUCCGCGAAGUCGACAUUGCAUUCACCAUGUGUUGCUUCCCCGAGUGCACAAAGCAUGCGCAGCGCAACCGGUUUUGUUGCAAGCAUGGAAAAGAGCUCGUGCUCCAAGCCAAGUCGGUCGUCGACAAAGGGCUGACCAACCAGACGUACGAAGAGAUCCUCGACGUGCUCCAGAAGAAGCUGCGACGGUGCCAAUCGGUGGGUUGUGAGAAGAACGCGCGCUACAACCAGUUGUGCACCAUGCACUACCAUCAACGGAAUCGGGCGGCCAGUGAAAGCGAUUUAGCCGCCGAGGCGAUAAUCGCAGCACCGCCGACCCAUCCGAUGCCGACCGUCUCCUCCUUGGAUGGUGCCGUGGGAGCGUCGGCCUUGUAAAAGAAUACGACGAUGACGGUUCUCGAUCCACC